AUGGAGGUCGGUGGUAGCGAGAGAACGGCUCUGGAGCUCCUGGCUGGGCUCCGCAGCAUGCGCCAGGCUGAGAAACUGUGUGACGUGACUCUGGAGACGGACGACGGCACUAGAGUGCCCGCUCACCGCUGCGUUCUCGCCGCCGCGAGUCCGUUCUUCUACGCGAUGUUCCUCAGCGACCUGGUAGAGAAAACGUCGACCGUCAUUCGCCUCAUGGACGUGGCUGGAGACGUGUUGGAGUUGGUGGUGGACUACAUGUACCAGGGAGGCCUGCGACUGACGGACUGCGAGGCUGCGGGAGGUCUACUGGAGGCCGCGGACCGACUCCAGAUUCAACCUCUUCUGAACGACUGUUCAGAUUUCCUCGUCUCGCAGCUCAGCCACGACAACUGCCUGGGGAUCAGGGAGUUCGCUCGACUCCACAACACCCAGGAGCUGUUCUCGGCCUCGACCGACUUCAUCUUGGAGCAGUUCUCGGCCGUGUCUAGCUGCAGUCAGUUUCUGGCUCUCGAUUUCGACCCGCUGUGCGAGCUGCUAUCGCGGGAUCACCUGCAGGCGCCAGGCGAGGAGGCAGUGUAUCGAGCUGUGGUCCAGUGGACGCGACACGACCUGCAGGCCAGGAAAGAUAGGUUUGCAGAGCUAAUGGCACACGUUCGUCUUCCCUUCACGUCUGCCCGUUUCCUGGACUCGGAGGUGGCCACAGAGGAACUAGUCACUGCUGAAGAACAGUGCAAGGAAUACCUGGACGAGGCAUAUCUCUACCAGAACUCCCCUGAGAAACGACCAGCUCUCAAAUACAGUCUUCGUACGAGGCCUCGGAGACUGAGUAUGGGCCAAGACUCCAUCUUGCUGGCUGGAGGGAUGAGUCGGGUGGCUCCAAUGAGCUCCAUCCUGCAGUACAGUGCCAGGGAGGACAGCUGGAGGGAGAUGAGUAGCGUGCAGGCACCGUGUUACGGGCUGGCAAGCUGUGUUCUGGGCCAGAGACUGUACGUGGUGGGGGGAUACUGUGAGUCUGGGCAGGGGUACUUGGGGACUGUGCAGUGUUGUGAUCUGAAGACUGAGAAAUGGUUCCCUUUGGCGUCCAUGGCAACUCCCAGGAGGUAUCAUACCGUAGCUGUUCUCUAUGGGCUGCUGUACGUGUGCGGAGGCCAAACUGCCAAGUCAGUAACCCACUCAGUGGAAUGCUACAAUCCUUCCAGAGACAAGUGGACAGCAGUGUGUCACAUGACAACUCCGAGAAUGUACCACGGUCUGGCUGAAGUGGGGGGACUCCUGCUAUCAGUGGGCGGUCACAACGGACGAGAGAGACUAGUGUCUGUCGAGAGAUACGAUCCAAUCAACGACAGCUGGAGCCUAGUUCGACCUCUGCCCUCUCCUCGAUCUGUAAUGGGCGUGGCUUCCCUGCAAGACUGUCUGUACGUGGCAGGGGGAUACUCUGGACAGAGGUACUUGGACACUGUCCUCUGUUACAAUCCUGGGCAAGACACCUGGUCAGAGGUGGCUCCCAUGACAACUCAACGUAGUGCCUUUGGUGUGGUUGCCCACGGGGGGCGCCUCUUUGCCUGUGGAGGAUUCAAUGGAACAUUUCUGAGUUCAGUGGAGGCUUUCUGGCCUUCCCCUGGGGUGUGGAGCCCCAUCACUGACAUGCCCACAGCACUAGUUCACUUCAGCAUCUGUUCCACGUGA